AUGAUAACACCAUGGCUCGAGGCCUUCCCACGCACCGCGAAGCCCAUCCUCGAAGAGAUCGACGCUACACUGAACCUGCCGCACACACCGCUCACCAGAAUCAUAGAGUCUGGCACCAACGCCGAGCUCACGUGCACGGAGAACGCACAGCCGGCGAUCAUGGCGACCAGCAUCCUCAUCCUGCGCAUACUGGAGCGAGAGUUCGGUUUCAAAACAUCUGAGCGCGUCGACAUCACGCUGGGUCACUCACUGGGCGAGUUUGCGGCUCUGGUAGCUGGAGGAUAUCUCACCUUCCAAGACGCGCUGAACAUGGUACGACGGCGCGCAGAAGUUGCCAGCAGAUGCAGCAAGGAAGCCGUCGAGGCCGAGGGCGGCGAAUUUGGCAUGGUCGCCCUAGUCUGUGAAUCAGAAGAACGCAUGGCAGCUCUUGUGGCUGCAAUACACGAGUUUCUGCGCCUGGGUGGCUCGCGCUCCGACUCCAACGACGACCUCCCAGCCGUACAACAAGUCCUCAUCGCCAACAUCAAUUCGAAGAACCAAAUCGUGCUCAGCGGUAGCAUAGCGCGCAUCAACACCCUCCUUACGAACCUGCGCCAAUUCGGCGGCCAUGACCCGCGGCAUGUUAGGCUGAAGUCCGACACCCCCUUCCAUGGCCCACUUAUGAAGCCCACCUACGAGACGGUAAAACGCAUGCUAUAUAAAGAAAAAAAAGACGGGAGCGACAUUGUCACAUGGCCAGGCCUGAUGCCAUGCGUGUCAAAUGUGACAGGGAGACCAUACGAGAGCAAAGACCAGCUAAAAGACCUAUUAGCACGUAGCUGCGUCGAAACGGUGCAAUGGUGGAAGAGCGUCAAGUAUCUCCACGAAGAAGAGAAUGUCCGCCGCUACGUCGGCAUCGGCCCUGGGAAAGUAGGCAGAAAUCUGGUCGGCAAAGAGGUCGGCAUGAAAGGCGCAGUCAAAGGUGGAGGCGUAUGGGCGAUUACAAGUCCAAAGGACAUGGAAGAAGUUGUGCGCGCACUCGAUGACACGGAAGCUUCCGAAGACUGA